AUAUCUGUUUCGUUCUUGUAAAUAAAAAUAUAUGUUUGCUUUUUUAAAUAAAAAAAAAAAAACAAAACGGAACGGCGACAGUAGUAGCUUUUUGGUUCGCGUAAAAUAGCCGCACGCUAACAAUGUUCGUGGGAGGUGUAGUUUUUACGUCAUGACCGUACUGGAAACCAUUUUCAGAAAAUGUAACAUAGUUAUGUGCUUUUUAAAUAUGUGGAAUAGGUGUGGGGGGAAUUUAGCUAAAAUUUAAUUUUUAUAUUUUAAAAAAGAUAAUUAAAAAAAGAGACCGAUACAUUUAAAAAAAAUCAACUCGGUUUGUGAUUGGUUAAAAAAUAGACUCGGGUCGCGCAAAGCAUUGUGGGAAGGAGGCGAAUUCUUCGUGUUGACUCCUCCAGGCCACACAAAGCACUAGAGUGCCGAAUAAAUUCACCAGUUUCCAUUGAAUUAAUCACAAGAACUGGGUAAAACUAAUAAAAGUUUUUGGUUUAAAAGUUUUUUUAAAAUAAAUAAAUAAAUAAAACCAGGCGCGCGAUGCCGAAUUUCUGCGCGGCUCUGCACUGUUCCCGGAUGAGCUCGCACUCCGUGUUGGCUUUCUUCAGGUUUCCGCGGGAUCCGGAGAGGUGUAAAAAGUGGGUGGAAAAUUGCAGUCGGUCAGAUCUUAGAGAUAAAACACCGGAACACUUGAACAAGUACCACAGACUGUGUGCCAGACACUUCGAGCCUGACCUGAUCUUAAAAACCAGCCCGUUCAGGACGGUUCUAAAGGACACGGCAAUACCCACCAUCUUCGACCAUCCCAGCCAGAAACGGACAAUUGAACAGCAGGAAGAAGAGAACACUCCACCAGCCAAAGCGCAGAGAGUGGAAGGGAAUCAGGACAAGGAUGCGGAGAAUGCCUCGGAGAGCACAAACGGCCAAGAGGCUCCUGAAGAACCCCAGGUCCUGGACAAGGACCGGGAACAGCGCGAGUAUCUCCGAUCCCUGUUCGACGUGGUGGUCAUGAUGGGACGGCAGAACAUCCCCCUGCAGGGCCACGCCGAUAAAGAGCCGAGGAGCAAAGCCUUCACUCCGAGCAACUUCCAGGCUCUGCUGGAGUUCCGCAUCAACGCCGGCGACGACGCGCUCCGGAGGAGGUUUGAGACGUCGCCGGCCAGUCUGGAGUUCUGCUCGUCCACGCAGCUGCAGCAGAUCCUGGAGGUGGGCGAGAAGUGCAUUUGCGAGGAGCUGCUCUCUGAGGUCAAGGAGGCACGCUUUUUCUCUCUGGUCGUGGAAGACGUCACGGAGGUCGCCGGGGAGAACCGAAUUCCCACAUUCGUCCGCUUCGUGGAUCAGAACAACCACCUGCGCGAGGAGUUUUUAGGAUUCCUGCUCUUCGAAGGAGACGUGGAAGGCAUCGUGGAAAACCUCUGCGCUGAAAUAUCGGAGAAGAAUGGGCUGAGCAUGGAGGACUGCAGAGGGCAGGCGUACUUCAGCACCGGCGUCCACGCGUCCAAAGCGAAAGCCGUCGCCAUGAAACUGAGCGAGCGUUACCCGUUGGCGGUGCUCACUCCCAGCUCCGGCCACGCCCUGAACAUCAGCCUGGCCAACAGCAUGGACUUGACUAGCGUUCACCUGGUCAUGUCGACCCUGAAGAAGAUCGAUGCCUUCUUCGGCAGAUCUCCUCUCCUGCUGGAUCAGCUGGAGAGCGCCAUUUCGAUUUAUUACCAGGGGAACGAGGAGAAGGCGUGCGCCCUCAAGCAGGCGUGUCGCACCGACUGGACGCAGCAGCACGAAGCCUUCGAGGUGGCCGUCGACCUUCUGGAGUCUCUGCUCCUUUGCAUGGACAGCGUCCACGACAACGAGGAGCUGAAGUGGAGUGACGAGAUCGCGCACGAGGCCUUUGUCGUUUCUGAGGCGCUGGCAGACUUUGAGUUUGCGAUGGCGCUGGUGGUCUUGAAGAACACGCUCUCGUUCUCCAGGGCGUUCGGGAAGAACCUGCAGGGGCAAACCGGCGAGGUCUUCUUCGCCGCCAACAGCUUGACGGCCGUCCUGCACUCGCUCAACGAGGUCCUCGAGAACAUCGACGUGUACCACGAGUUCUGGUUCGAGGAAGCCGUCAACCUCGCCGCCGCUCUGGAGAUUCCCGUCAAAAUCCCCAGGCUCUUCUUUAGGAAGCAGCGUCCCGACGCCGGGGACGAGAUCCAGCCCGAGACCUAUUACAAGGUCCACCUGACCUUCCCGGUUGUCACCCGGGUAAUCAAGGAGCUGAGCGAGCUCUUCUCUGAGAACCACCUCAACGCGCUGAGGUCCCUGUCCUUCGUCCCAGCGAUCAUGUCACAGCUCAAGUUCAACACGGAGGAGACCAGUGCCGACGUCUACAAGAACGACCUUCCCAACCCGGAGACGCUUCCCACCGAGCUCAACUGCUGGAAGAUCAAGUGGAAGCACGGCACCAAGAACGUCACGCUGCCCUCCACCAUCUACGAGACGCUCCAGCUGUCCGACGUCAAGUUUUUCCCCAACGUCUGCGCGCUCCUCAAGGUCCUCCACUGCCUCCCAGUGCUGUCACUCACAGAGGAGAAGUGCAGCGAGGCGAGGAGGCGUCUGACGGCUUACCUGCGGGACAUGCCCCCCAAACACAGACACAAGAGCCUGGCGUUGUUCAGUAUUAACUGCGCGGUGAGGGUGGACGUCGACCUGAUGGUGGAGGCGUAUCUCUCAGCGUAUCCGGACAAAGAGACGAGGGAGGAACCUGCGUGAUUGACGCACGCAUUUAACACACCACCAAUACGAGUUAGCGCUCCACAUGAUCAUGUUGGUUUGGCUGCUGAUUUAGCAGAGAGACAGGUGUUGCUAUGGGAACAAGGGUGGCGUUUAAAUUAUGUUUAAUCAGCCAAUCACAGCUGUGAUCUUAUGACAUCACCACUGGGUGUCAGCUUUAAAAUGUUUUCUGUGUGACGUAAUGCUUAGGAGCAAUUCUUUCUUUCUUCACUAACCAACCUCAUUCUUUUUCUUUCUUUCCCUGACUUUUCUUUCUUUUUACACUAACUUUCUUUCUUUCUUUCUGUCUGUCUGUCUAGACUAACCUUACUAUUUCUUUUUCUCUUUCCCUAUCCUUUCUCUUUCUUUCUACAAUAAUGUCCUCAUUCUUUUUCUUUCUUUCUGCCAUUUUUUUUUGCCUAACCUACCUUUCUUUCCUUCUUUCUACACUAACCUUAUUUGUUCUUUUUCUUUCUUUAUUUCUUAGUAACUUCUUUCUUUCGUUAAACAACUACUUUCUUUCUCAUUCGUUCAGUUGACGUGAUCAUUCCUCUCCAGCAGAAGUGAUCUGACGGUAAGUGCUAAUAAGGUGUUUCUGAUUGGCUGAUCAAAAGUAAAUGAAGCUCCGCCCACACUGACCCAGGUGGAGACGGUCACAGUGCAGGUCCUGUACAGAGACACACACGUCCUUCGCUUCCUUCUUCCCCACAAUUACUCUGUUUUUACUUUUCCUUAUUUUUUAUUGUACAUUCAGGUGUGUGUGUGAGAGAGCGAGCGAACACAAGAGAGACUGAGGUGCAUUGGAAAUGAAUCAUAAAUGAUCAGACUCCUGUGUGUUAUAAUGAAGUUCUGUUCGCAACAGCUUGUAAAAACAUUUGUGCUGUUUUUGUUUACUAAAUAGGGGAGAAAAAAAAGAUUUUGUGUGUGUUACCCCAAAGGAAGUAGAAAGCUGUGUGUGACAGAAUUCUAUUUAAUACCUGAAUUACUCAUGUACAUUUCUGCUGUAUUUUCAUUGUUUAAAGGAUUUUUACUGAAAAUCCCCUGGAUUCCUUCGAGAUAUUGAACUUAUCGAAGCGUGUAGAUCUUCGUGUCAUUUUCAUCUAUUCUGAUUUUUUUUCAUAAACUAAUAAACAUGUCUGUGCACAGUG